AUGGUAGAAGAUGCAACAAAAGUCCUGAUCCUUACUGUUUUGCUAGUUUCACCAGCUUUGGAUGCAGCAGUACCUCAGUGCAGUUUCCCAGCAAUAUACAACUUCGGAGACUCGAAUUCGGACACAGGUGGAAGCUCUGCGGCAUUCGACCUGGUUCCCCCACCCAAUGGUGAAAGCUUCUUUGGGAGACCUGCAGGAAGAGAAUGUGAUGGUCGCCUAAUCAUAGACUUCAUAGCUGAGCAUUUGGGGCUGCCUUAUUUAAAUCCAUACCUUGAUUGGUUGAGCACAAGUUACCGGCAGGGUGUGAAUUUCGCUGCUGGCAGAUCAACCAUACGUGGACAGAACAAAACCAUGGUUGAGCUCGGGACAAGUCCCUUCUCGCUGGAUGUCCAAAUCGCGCAGUUCGAUCAAUUUAAAGCUAAAGCAAGCAAACUACAACAGAGAGAAUCCAACGGUUGUAAGCUUUCGAAGCCUCAAGAGUUCUCAAGGGCUUUGUACACAUUCGACAUUGGCGAGAAUGACCUUAUUGCUGGUUUAAGAAUGCUAACUGAAGCCCAACUUCUUGCUGCAAUCCCAAACAUCAUUGAUCAGCUUGCUGCAGCAGUCACACAUUUAUAUCGACAAGGGGCGAGGAGUUUCUGGAUUCACAACACGGGACCAGUUGGAUGUCUCCCGGCAGCAACUUUCAAUGUUAGCAACCCGAAGCGCGGAUUCCUGGACAAAUAUGGAUGCAUCAGUGGCCAGAAUGCCAUGGCUAUUGAAUACAACAGACAGCUCAAAGGCAGAGUCAUCAGACUUAGGAAAGAACUUCCACAAGCUUCUCUCGUCUACGUCGAUGUAUACUCUGCCAAAUAUCACCUAAUCAGCAAUGCCAAAAACUAUGGAUUCAUGGACCCUAUGAAGAUAUGCUGCGGACAUCAUGAAAGAAACAUCAGUGUCUGGUGUGGACAAAGGAGAAUUAUUAACGGCUUAGAAAUCUUUGGUACCUCCUGUGACUCCCCAGAAUCACAUAUUAGCUGGAAUGGCCUACACUACACUCAAGCUGCAAACCAGUGGAUCGCCGACCGUAUACUCGAUGGUUCAUUUUCCGAUCCCCCGACACCAAUCGCUAAGGCCUGCCUAAUGUAAUUUAUUUCUACAUCCCAUGUUUGAUCCUUAA